UGGGCAUGCACGCGUGCGUGCGCAGGAGGCAAGUCAAAAGAAGCGAAGCAAAGAGGCGGGAUUAUGUUCCUGGCGGAGCUUCCCGACUGAGGCGAGCGGAUCUGCACUUCGCACCUCCUCCUCCUCCUCCAAGUGCAUCGGAUGGAUGUCUGACGAGUGGAUGGGAUGCCAGUUUAUAGCAUCGACCGAAAAUUCCCCGACUUGGCCGGUGAUUCCAUACAGUUAGCAGCAGAAGGAGACCUGAUGACAAUGACCGACAACAACCCCCCCAAGUCGGCCAAGAAGCCCCACUGGACGUCCCUGGAGAUCGGCCUCAUCACAGUAGUGUCCUUACUCUUCAUCGUCAUCGUGGCCCUCGUCAUUCUCUACGCCACACAGAGGACCGAAGAAAUCUGCACCACGUCUGACUGCACUCAGUCGGCGGCUCGCCUGCUCCAGAACAUGGACACCAGCACGGAUCCUUGCGACAACUUCUACCAGUACGCCUGCGGGGGCUGGCUCAAAAAGAACGUCAUCCCAGAUAGCAGCUCAAGAUACAGCACCUUUGACAUCUUACGGGAGGAACUGCAGGUUAUUCUUAAAGGUGUUCUUGAAAAAAACGUGGAAGGGGAAGCAGAGGCUCUCACUAAGGCUAAGACCCUCUACAAGUCCUGUACCAAUGAGAGUUUAAUUGAGAAAAGAGGGGGUGCACCUUUGCUGAAUAUGCUCCCCGAUGUGUUCGAGUGGCCCAUGGCUGUGGACAACUGGGACACCGACUAUGGUACAACAUGGAAAUUAGAGGACGUCAUCGCAAAGUUGAAUGUGAAAUAUAGACGUGAACUCCUGGUUGUUAUGUUUGUGUCUACCGAUGACAAGGACUCCAAAUCACACAUCAUUCAUUUUGACCAGCAGAGCAGCCUGGGCCUCUGGACCAGAUCUCACUAUGCUUGUAACGGAUCCUACGAAGAGGCAUGUCGGGCCUACGAGCAGUUCAUGUUUGACCUGGUGAAGCUGAUCCGCAGCGACCGGGGUCUGUCCUUCAACGAGACACUGGUCAGGGAGGAAAUGACACGAGUAACCGACCUGGAGCGAGACAUUGCCAAUGCUAUUGAGUCUGUAGAGUACCGUAGCGAUCCAAAGUUGCGUUACCACAAGAUGGAACUCGGGGAUAUGAAUGCCAAUUUCACCCUUGAAAUUGAAUCACAGGUAUUCAACUGGACUUAUUUUGUGGCUAAAAUAAUGAAUACAGUCAACAUCACCGUGAAUGACACCGAGAAGGUCAUAAACUUCUGCCCUGACUAUUACAGAAGCCUUAAGAUAAUCUUGGCCAAAUACACCAAGAGAGAUUUGCAGAACUACCUGGUGUGGCGUGUUGCUAUGAACAUGGUGAUACGCCUAAGCACUGCAUACAGGGAUACAGAAAAAGUAUUCAGAAAGGUUCUGUACGGCGUGACAUCCGAGACAGUGGCGUGGCGAUUUUGUACGGUUUAUGUCAACAAUAACAUGGAUAAUGCAGUCGGACGACUGUAUGUACAGGAGGCGUUCUCCAAAAACAGCAAAAUACUGAUGGAGGAGAUGAUUAAAGAGAUUCAGGACGUGUUCAUCAGGAACCUCCAUGAACUGACCUGGAUGGAUCCCGAAACCAAGAAAGCGGCCGAGCGAAAGGCUCGAGCUAUCAAAGAACAAAUCGGCUACUCUGAGGACAUCAUGAACGACCAAUACCUCAACGACGCGUACAAAGAUCUGCACUACAGUGAGGAGGAGUUCUUUGAAAACAGCCUGCACACCCUGGAGUACAUGCAGAGGAAACGCCUGGAGAAACUCAGACAGAAAGCCAACAAAGACGAGUGGUUGUCAGGAGCAGCUGUCAUUAAUGCUUUCUACUCAUCGAGAAUAAACCAUAUAGUAUUCCCUGCUGGUAUCCUGCAGCCACCCUUCUUUAGUCAAGGUCAGGCCAAAUCUCUCAACUACGGAGGAAUCGGGGCAGUCAUCGGCCAUGAGAUCACGCAUGGCUUUGACAACACGGGUAAAAAAUACGAUGAAAAUGGCGACCUGAGAGACUGGUGGAGUCCUGAGUCUGCUGAAAACUUCAUGGAGCUGUCCAAGUGCAUUGUGGAUCAGUACAGCAACUUCUCAUGGGACCUGGCCAACGGACUUCAUUUAAAUGGUAACCUCACCCUGGGGGAGAACAUUGCUGAUAACGGAGGAAUACGGCAGGCCUAUCAGGCCUAUCAGAAAUAUGUGAGGAAACAUGGGGAGGAACCACCGCUGCCAGGAAUUGACCUUUCCCACAAUCAACUCUUCUUCCUCAACUUUGCUCAGGUGUGGUGUGGAACACAACGACCAGAAGAUGCUCAGAAUUCCAUGGAAAGUGAACACAGUCCAGGAAAAUUCAGGGUCCUGGGCUCCCUUCAGAAUUUCCCAGAAUUUGCCAAAGCUUUCAGCUGCAACAAGAGCAGCUACAUGGUCCCGGACAAAGUGUGCCACCUGUGGUGAUCCGCAAAGCUCUCCCGUGAUGUCUUACAGUACAC